GCUGUAGUUUCCCUACGCGGGCGGGCUGUACUCCGUUCCCCAGCGCGUGGCGCAGCCCCGGGCCGGGCUCCGCGCGACUCUGCAGCCCGGGCCGUGCGCUCGGAGCCCGCCGGGCCGUGUCCCCAGGCUGGGCGCGGGCCGGAGCUCGCGUGAGGAGCCCAGCGGAGCCCCGCAGCAGCCCAGAAAUUCCAGCAGCACCGAGAUCUGUGUGUGGGAAAUUCUCUACAGCAAGGAGACAGAGAGACUGGCCUGAAGGUGCCUCAGCUUGUCUGACGGCCACCUGGAAAAAGGUCCUUUCCCUCUGAUGCACCAGAGAGGGGCGACGGCAGAGCCAUGUCUGUCGUGGAUGAUGGCUCUCUAAAGCAACCCCCUGAGUCUGCAGUGGACCAGCGCUGGAAGUUCCUUGUCUUCUACCUCUGUUUUUACGGCUUCAUGACCCAGAUCAGACCUGGGGAGAGCUUCAUCACCCCCUACUUGCUGGGAGCUGACAAGAACUUCACCAAAGUAGAGGUGACCAACGAGAUCACUCCCAUCCUGUCCUACUCCUACAUGGCCGUCCUGGUGCCCAUCUUCCUGCUGACGGAUUACCUGCGCUACAAGCCGGUGCUGGUGCUGCAGAGCCUGAGCCACAUCUCCAUCUGGCUGCUGCUGAUCUUCGGCACCACUAUCCUGGCCAUGCAGUUCAUGGAGUUCUUCUACGGCAUCACCAUGGCGGCCCGCGUGGCGUACUCCUCCUACAUCUUCUCCCUGGUCACCCCCUCGCACUACCAGCGCAUGGCCAGCUACUCCCGCUCGGCCGUGCUGAUGGGGGUCUUCACCAGCUCGGUGCUGGGGCAGCUCUGCGUCACCGUGGGCGGGGUGCCCUUCAUGACGCUCAACUACGUUUCGCUGGGGUUCAUGCUCUUUGGGCUUGUCCUGACGCUCUUCCUGGAGCAGCCCAAGCGAAGCCUCUUCUUCAACAAGAGUGGUGGCCCACCCCCCUCAGAGCUGGACAGGAUGCACCCGGUCGAGGGCAAGCCAGUGCCCCCCGCGCCCUCCCCCUGGCGCAGCUCGGCCCUCUUCCGUAUGCUGAGGGAGCUCGGCACUAUCGCCAAGCUGCCCCAGCUGCGGCUCUGGUCCCUCUGGUGGAUCUUCAACUCCGCCGGCUACUAUCUCAUGCUCUAUUACGUGCAGCUCCUGUGGAAUGAGAUUUACCCUACCACGGACAACCGCAAGGUCUACAACGGCGGGGUGGACGCCGCCUCAACGCUGCUCGGCGCCAUCACUGCCUUCGCCGCAGGCUACGUGAAGAUCCGCUGGGCGCUGUGGUCGGAGCUGGUGAUUGGCGCCGUGACAGCAUUCCAGGCUGGGCUGCUCUUGCUGAUGAGCACCACCAGCAACAUCUGGCUCUGCUACGGGGCCUACAUCCUGUUCCGGGGCUCCUACCAGUUCCUGGUCCCCAUAGCCAUUUUCCAGAUUGCCACCUCCCUCUCCAAAGAGCUCUGUGCCCUGGUGUUUGGCGUGAACACCUUCUUCGCCACCGUCCUGAAGACCAUCAUAACCAUGAUCAUAUCAGACAAGCGGGGCCUGGGCCUUUCGGUGCAUCCACAGUUCUACGUGUACUUCGCCUACUUCACGCUGCUGGCAGUGGUGUACCUCGGGGCAGCGGUGUGCGUGGCCGUGCGGCACCGCCGGCGCCAGGUGCCGCCGGAGCCGACGCUCGCCAAGGAGCUCAGCAGCCCUGCUGAGGAGGCACCAGGGAAGGAGAGGAGCGCGGAGCCGGGCAGCGUGCACAUCUGAGAGACAAGACCCGAGGGAGCGGCCUGUGUGCACACCCCAGCUCAUCUCACCUUCCUCGCAGUGUCAAUGUGCGGCUGAGAGAGCACGGAGCACAGGCCAGGGCUGUGCCCACCCUUGGUCCCCAGACUGCCGCUGCCGGCAGAGCUGCCACUCCCGCCCAUGCCUCCGCUCCCAUCACAGCCUCAGUGCCGGCAAACCCCAGUGUUAAGAGCUGCCUUUGAGGACAGAACGGCGCAAACCCGGAGAGCCCAUCCCAGCGCCAGGCCUGGCCCCAGGGCUGCUGCUUUGAGUGACCCGGCUCCGUUACUGGGCCGGGUUUUCCCAAUAGCCACUUGUGCGCACACACACUCAUUCGGGGUGACCUGUGCCAAGCGUACCAAGCUCACCUUAGGCUCCUCCCAGAACGUGAGGCGGGGACUACACCCGAGAGGUUGCUAAGACAAGCCAUUGAGGCUCUUUUCUUGGCUUCUGGUGUCAGCCCUCACGGGUCCCGUGUUCCAGCUUUGUAGUGACAGCUGAGUGUCCCGUGUAAUCCCCUGACUCCAGGCUCUGGGGCUUGGACCACUUCACCCGCUGUGUCCCCCCACCAAUGCACUGCUUUCAGCAACUGUCUGAAUGGCACUUGUGCAGCCACUGCAGCUGCAACUGCCCUAGCCAGCCACUUCCACCCCAGGGCCCCUCUGCACAAAGCAUCUGCCCCUCUGGUGUUGAAUCGAGGGCUGCACGGGGAGGGCCAGCCAGGCCCUCCCCACCCAUGGCUCCAUAGCUUUGCAGCAUGGCCCACAGAGCAGCCUUGCCCUGUACUACAGGGCUGGAAAGUCCUGGUGCUAACCUGGGGCCUUGUGGCAUAACUCUGGUCCAUACUGCAUUCGGCCAGGGAGGGUCGAGCCAAGCGGGACCAUGGCUGGCUCUGCUUGCUCCCCGGGGAGGCUGGGCCGUAUCACUGGGUUGGGCUGAGAGGGGCCGGUGGGCUGUGCCCUCCUGCCUGGCACGCAUCAGCUGACUGUAACAGAUUGGGGGUGGGGAGAGGCGGCUGUAAGUGUGUGUGUGGGGGGGCAUCUGGCAGCCCGUUCCAGCCCAGCGCAGAGCUAGUGGGCCCAUUGCGGCCCUGUGCUCCUCUUGGGUCUGCAGCGGAGGCCACUGGGGCGGGGCAGCUCUAACCCAUAACGCUUGUGUGCCGGAGAGGGGCGCCCAGCAGCCUGUGCCCUCAUGGGCAGUGCUGCUGCUCAUGCCCACGGGCUGCCCUCUGUGCACAGCCCAGCGCCCUUGGCGUCACGGGGAGGCGCAUGGCCAGUAGCAGAUCCCCUGCUGGGGCGCCUCGCCUUGUGCGUGCCGUCAUCACCCUUCCCCUCCCCACCAGCCUCAGCGUUUUAAUACUGCUCAGCUGCAGUCCAGCAAACGCUGCAGGGCUCUGCCAAUCUAAACCGUGCCUUAAACUGUGAACCCCCCAACGCCCAAAUUCCUCAGCAACAGCUCCCGGCGGUGGCCAGCCCCCUUACUGCACACGCUCACACGGGAGUAAGGGUUUUUUCGUUGCUUUAAAGAGCCAAUACACUGAGCCUGCUACCUGUAUCCCCCCUUUCAUUAGUGCACCCCCAUGGCUCAUCGUGACCGUAAACCACGUUUAGUAACAAACUGUCGCAGCGUUAAGUGCUACCGCGUGUCGAAUAAAGCUAGACAAGGUUACACGCAAACGCUGCGGCGCCUGAAACCUGAUUGACCAAUGAGACUUUGCAAGAGGCUGGUCCAGCGUGGCUGGCCAGGCUCCCAGCCAGGACCUGCACAGAGGGCAAAAUGCUUGGGCCCAACAUGGCGCUCUGCUGAUGGCGCCCGAAGGUCAGUGACCCUGUGACAAGGGGCAGCCGGGUUCCUGUUGAUUUGUGUGGCAGGAACACGUCCAGUCCCUAAUGCUCCAUUUACACUGGAGACAGGUGGGUGGCUGCCGUCCCGCCUGCCUGGGAGAAAACCCCGUUUCAGCCUGUGUUUGACACGCACUACCAGUGAGUCGCCAAGGCCUCUACAGCCAUGACACGGUCCUUGCUCACGAGUGUGCCACAGGCAUUCAGGAGAGAGCUACGGGAAUGUACAAUCCGUCAAUUCACUUCUGGGGCAGCGCCAGUAAACCACUGAAAUGGAGUCUUUGCAGUGGCGCCCCAGAGGCUGGCGCCCUGUAUCUUAGCGCUGAGGCCCUAGGGGUAACUGCCCCUGCAGUGGCUCUUCCUGCCGCCGGGCUGGUCAGAGAAGCCCGUGCCCAGGGCAGGCCU